AUGACACAAAGGUUUUAUCAAGUCGUAGGAUACCAAGGACAUUUCCGCCCUUACUACUGGAGACCUCACCGAGAUUUUGGAGACAAUCACGAGUUUGCGCAAGAGCCACACGCAGUGGAAGCUAUUGCGGGUCCUAAAUCUGCGCUAUGGGUUAGAUCAGACCCCGAGGGCAAUGAAAUAACACCCUUUAUUGAGCUUAUAAUGGGGGUUCGACCCCACGGGGCAAUAUCACUCCUUAUCCCUGAGGUACACUUUGAUUCUCACGUCAAACCAGCCAUGGGAUGGACCCAUCGCUCACAUUCAUGUCCUGACCCCUAUCCAACGGGACUGUAUGCGAGCUUGUCUCCCAUUCGAUUCGGGAGCGACAAAGAAUUGGCGAAUAUGCUGAAAGAACUAAGACCGAUCAAGGCUGGCAUAAAGGAUGUGUUGUGGCAGAUCCUAUACGCCGGUCGAGGAGAUCUUCCAGGCAUAUAUGGAAUCCCGCCUUUACCUCCCUCUCUUCGCAUCGUCUGCUUUUCAUUCACACUAUGGAUUGAUCCCAACACCUACGACCCAUCUCCGAACGAGGAUGUUGAAGUUCUUGACUUUGGUUGGCACGAGCCUAUCACCGGCAAUACAAAAUAUUACAUCAUAGAGGAGUAUUCUAGCUUCUCAAAGAGGUCAAACGACAAAGCCGAAUUUACUCAUGGAGAAUCCAUCACUAUACCCGAAUCAAAUAUACCCAGCGUUCUUCGGGCUUUAUUUUCUGGUACAGAACCCCUUGUUCUCAUAGCGCACGACUGGGCACGAACUUGUCGCUUCCUAUCCUCCCAUGGGAUCAACGCCAACUCUCCAUCGUGGUAUUCAGGCGUCGGAAAACUGCUAGGUUUCGAACGGGCUGGUGAACCUGUUCCAAGCGGACCGACGGCCGAGAACCGCGCGAGUGCACGGUAUAUCGAUCUCGACUCGAAAACUGUACACGAGUUUGAACAUAAUGUUAAGCAAGAAGAAGGAAAACCCGGAAGAGCGUACGGUGGACGCUGGGACCCGAGCUCGAGCUCACCCUUUCCGGUGCAAGAACCAGAAAGGGACCGACGUUCGCUCUCUCCGCGUUCUCGCACCCGUCCACUGAGCCGGCCGGAAGAUAGACACCAUAAGCCGAUAUUUAGACCUGACGAAGACGAAGAAGAGGGUGAGAUUACACGUGUGGAUCCCGUCCCAGAUGCACAUAUACUCGACCUGCGCGAAUUGUUUGUCGCUUUGGCAGCUACAAAGCGACCCUUUAUCUUGUACCCCUCGAUGGCGAAUAGAUUAGAGCUUGAAGUUCCGGGGUGGUGUGCCGGUAAUUGGGCCGUACAAUUCACUGAGAUAUUCACUUGUCUCGUUGGCCAAUCGCCUAUCCACCGUCGGAUUGAAGAGUUCAAGAAAACGCCUGGUAUAACUCCUUCGAGGAAGGAAACUGGAGUUCCGACCGUCUUGGAAGGUAUUGCCGGGGAAAAGAAGGAGGAGUUAAAGGCUGCGUGGGGUGAUUCUAGUGACGAGGAGGACGAUUAA